AACAAAGAGGCAAGAAAAACAGUUCGAAAAAAAAAAUCUUCAAAAAGGAGGGGUAAGUUCUAAAGAAAUCUGAAGCUAAGGGAAGACAAAUGGUUUCGAUUUGUUCGCCUUUGUCUCCCAAUCUUGUGGCCAAUUCCAUCUCGGUCGAAGCUCCUCGGAGUAGAGGCCGAUUGCUUACGUCCAGAGAAUAUGGUGUUCUUCUCCAAUUUUGCAUCGACUCCAAGUCACUGGAACGCGGGAAGAUGCUGCAUUCUCAUAUUCGGAAAGACGGAUUCGAGAGAAACCGAGAUUUGCUACCGAGGCUCAUUAAGCUUUACUCCGUCUGCGGCCGGAUUGACGACGCGAAGAAGCUGUUCGAUAGAAUGUCGAAGAGAAAUUCCGACGUGUUCUUGUGGACCUCGAUGAUUUGUGCGUAUGCCAAGAAUGGAAGUAUGAUGAGAUGUUUUGAGCUUUUCGUGCAAAUGCUCGAGCGUGGGGUGCGGCCUGAUUCGUACACAUUUUCGGGAUUGAUGAAGGCUUCUGCUGAAUUUGGCUUCCUCGAAUUGACUCUGCAAUUGCAUUCGAUGGUAGUUAGGUGUGGCUGUGGUGGGUGUUUGUCCGUAGCGAAUUCGCUCAUUCAUGCUUACGGGUCCUUUGGAGUUGUUCACGAAGCACGCAAGUUGUUUGAUAGAAUGGUUGUUCGAGAUGUUGCUUCUUGGUCUGCCAUGAUCCAGGCAUGUUCUUCCAUGGGAAGCUAUGCUGACUCGAUGGCAUUGUUCUCGAGAAUGCAGCUUGGGGACAGCCUCAAACCGAAUGAGCUUACUGUUGUUGCGCUGUUGCCUGCGUGUGGUUUCUUUUCUUCCUUGAGAAAAGGGCAAGCUGUUCAUGCUUAUGUCAUUAGGAAUGGAUAUGAAUCUAAUCUGAUCAUUGGCUCUGCUCUGGUAACGAUGUACUCCCGGUGUGGGGAUCCUGAUGUUGCUUAUACGAUCUUUACUAGCUUUUACCAAAAGAAUCUUGUUUUAUGGACUUCAAUGAUCGAAGGUUUUGCAUUAAAUGGAAAGUAUGAUAUUGCUCUGAAUUUGUUCAAGAAAAUGCAAGACCAAGGGUUUCACCCAAAUUAUGUAACUUUAGUUGUGAUCCUGUCUGCAUGCAGCCAUGCUGGCUUCGUUGAUGAAGGUUUGCAAAUAUUUGAGACCAUGCAGGAGAAGUUUGGUGUGAAGGCUGGGGUUGAACAUUAUGCAUGUGUGGUGGAUAUGUUGGGGAGGGGAGGCAGACUAGACGAUGCUGAAAAGUUCAUAGAGAAUAUGGGCACGAGACCAAGUGGGAGUAUGCUUGGAUCAUUGCUUGGAGCAUGUCAGGUUCAUCGUAAUGUGGAGAUUGGUGAGAGAAUGGCCUACAGGCUUUUUGAACUUGAGCCUCAUAAUGCUGCUAACUAUGUAAUCCUUUCCAAUGUAUAUGCUGCGGUUGGACAAUGGCACAAUGUUGGAAGAGUGAGACAAAUGAUGAUCGCCAAAGGGUUAUCGAAAGAUUCUGGAUGUAGUUGGAUUGAGCUUAAAGACACAGUUUAUGUGUUUGGGGCUCAUGAUAGAUCACAUUGGGAGUCGGACAAGAUCUACAAAGUGCUGGAGGAAUUAAGUGAGGAGAUAGGCAGGGCAGGAUACAUGCCAGCCACAGAACAUGUGUUACUUGAUGUGGAAGAGAAUGAAAAGAAGAAGUUGCUGUGUAGCCAUAGCGAGAGACUUGCAAUUGCUUUUGGGUUGCUGAAAGUGCCUCCGGAAAUGCCAAUAAGGAUAGCCAAGAACCUUCGAGUAUGUGACGAUUGCCAUGAAGCAAUCAAGCUUAUUUCGAGGGUCACUUCAAGGAAAUUUGUUGUCAGGGACACAAAUCGUUUUCAUCACUUUUAUAGGGGAUCUUGUUCUUGUGGAGAUUACUGGUGACACGAUGACAAGGGAAAGAUCAAGAACUACAAUAGGUGCUUUUGUUCUCUUCAAUAAUCAGUUAUAAGACUCUGUUGAGGUCUACAUGUAUUAUAGAGAAGACCACGGAGCAGCGAUAGCAGUUUAAUCUUUGUCUAACUGCAAGCAACUGGGAGCAUGAGUUCGAGAUGAUGAUAAAUUUGAACUGUUCAGCAUAAGUCUUUCUGUGACACGAUGAUUUGCAGGUUGGCCGAACGAUACUUGUUCAUUGUUGGAUGCUGUCUAGAUUGCCAUCAUUCAAAUCAGCACUAAAUUCUUUCGCCAGUAGUAUCAGCUCCAGUAUAAAUAACCCUAUGCCUUCACAGAACCUGAAUCAGUUUCUAUGUUUUCAUACUUGUACAAUUUUGAUAUGCCUGUAAAUAACCCUAUGCCUUCACGGAACCUGAAUCAGUUUCUAUGUUUUUAUGUAGCAGGUUGGCCGAACGAUACUUGUUCAUUGUUGGAUGCUGUCUAGAUUGGCAUCAUUUAAAUCAGCACUAAAUUCUUUCGCCAGUAGUAUCAGCUCCAGUAUAAAUUUUUCUAGAGGUGGAAUGGGAGCUUUAAAG